AUGACCAGAAGGAAGAUAUACUGGGUCACCAGGUCUUCUGGUGACCUUGUGAAUCUCGGCUUGGAUGUAGAUGAUGACAUGGUUUCAGGACUUAGCUAUAAAACUGUCACUCUUGAAGACAGCCCCGGGAGCCCGCAGGUGAGGGAGCCUGCGGCACAAGAGAUGGGGAGGUACGAUGGUGCCUGGAGAACCAUGAUUCCCUUCCGUCCGAAGCCAAAGUUUCCUGCGCCCAAGCCCCUGGAUGAUGCUGGCCUGUUCUCUUACCUAACGCUGUCAUGGUUCAGCCCAGUCAUGAUCCAAGGUUUACGGAAAUGCUCAGAUGAGAGCACCAUCCCCCAGCUGUCAGUACAUGAUGCCUCAGCCAAAAAUGCCAAAAGGCUUCGUCUCCUUUGGGAUGAAGAAGUCUCAAGGCAUAGAAGUGCCAAAGCUUCAGUGCUUCGAGUGAUGCUGAGAUUCCAAAGAACAAGGGUUAUUUUCAGUACGCUUUUGGGCUGCUGCUUCUCUGCCGCGAGUGUUCUGGGGCCAAUGCUGGUUAUACCAAAGAUCCUGGAAUAUACUGAAGAAUGGUUGGGGAACAUUGCCUAUGGAGUAGGGCUUUGCUUUGCCCUUUUUCUCACCGAGUGUCUGAAGUCUCUGAGCAUGUGCUCAUGCUGGGUCAUCCACCAGCACACUGGCAACAGGUUUCGUACAGCUGUCUUCCCCUUUGCCUUUGAGAAGCUGAUACAAUUGAAGUCUUUAACACACAUCACCACGGGAGAAGUAAGUGAUGAGGCUGCACAUGGAGGCGAGAAUCUCAGAAGAAAGGAAAUGGAGCUCUUGGAGAAGUGUGGGUUUAUCCUGAGCCUGACGACUACCGCCUUGUUCACAGCCUCCUCCAUGGCCUCAGUAGUGACGUUCCUCAUCCACACAGGCUUACGGCUGAAACUCACAGCUUCAGUAGCCUUCACCACCGUGGCCACCCUGAAUCCCAUGCGGCUGUCCAUGGUCUUACUACCCUUCACAGUCAAAGGCCUCGCAAUGUCCAGGUCUGCCUCAGAGAGGUUCAAGAAAUUUUUCCUCCAGGAGAGCCCUGUCAUAUAUGUCAAGGCAUCGAAAGACCCCAGCAAAACAGUGGUUUGGGGGUAGGCCACCUUGUCAUGGAGAAAGAUCUGCCCCGGGAUUGUCAAUGGAGCCUUGGAGCUGGAGAAGAAUGGACACACUCCUGAGCGGAUGACCAGGGCUCAGCCACCUCUGGGUGCCCUCAGGCCAGAGGACAAAGGGGACACCCAGGCCCCAGAGUUGCACAAGAUAAACCUGGUGGUGUCAAAGGGGACCACGCUAGAGGUCUGUGGCAACACAGGGAGUGGCAAGAGCAGCCUGUUGUCAGCCAUCCUGGGGGAGACGCACUCGCUGGAGGGCUCGGUGAGGGUGCACGGAAGCCUGGCCUAUGUCCCCCCGCAGGCCUGGAUCAGGGGGAGCAUUCGGGAAAACAUUCUCAUGGGAAGCCAGUACGACAAGGCCCGGUACCUCCAGGUGCUCCACUGCUGCUCCCUGAACCAUGAUCUGGAAAUUCUUCCCUUCCGAGACAUGACGGAGAUCAGAGAGUGGGGCCUCAACCUCUCGGGGGGGCAGAAGCAGAGGAUCAGCCUGGCCCGAGCUGUCUGCUCUGACUGCGAGCUUUACCUGCUGGACGACCCGUCGGCCGUGGACACCCACAUGGGGAAGCACAUCUUUGAAGAGUGCAUUGAGAAGGCGCUCAGGUGGAAGACUGUCAUCCUGGUGACCCACCAGCUGCAGUAUUUAGAGUUUUGCGACCAGAUCAUUUUGUUAGAAGAUGGGAAAAUCUGUGAAAAAGGAAUUCACAGUGAGUUAAUACAGAAGAAGGGGCGAUAUGCCCAGCUCAUCCAGAAGAUGCAUGGGGAAGCCAUACAGGGAGUGUUGCAGGGCAUAGCAAAGGCAGCAGAAGAGCUACAGGUGGAAGGUCGGGCCCAGACCACUUGUCCAGAAGAGGUUCUCAAUGAAAAUGCUGCGCUAGAAAAUCAGCUCACACAGAAGGAGAAGAUGGAAAAAGAGUCCCUGAAGUGGAGCAUCUACCACCACUACAUCCAGGCAGCUGGAGGUUACCUGGUCUCUGCCAUGGUUUUCCUCCUGGUGAUGACGGCCUUCUUAACAAUGUUCAACUUGUGGUGGCUGAGCUAUUGGCUGGAGCAGGGCUCAGGGACCGAUAGCAGUCAAGAGAGCAAUAGGACCACUGCAGACCCAGGUGACGUAUUGGACAAUCCUCAGCUGCCCUUUUACCAACAGGUGUAUGGCCUCAGCGCCCUGUUCGCAGUCUGCAUGGGCUUCUGCACCUCGGCGGCUUUCACCAAGGUCACGAGGAAGGCACCCACAGCAUUGCACAACAAGCUCUUCAAAAAGGUGUCCCGCUGCCCCUUGUGUUUCUUUGACACCACCCCAACAGGCCAACUCCUGAACUGCUUUGCAGGGGACUUGCAUGAGCUGGACCAAUUCUUGCCCACUGUGGCUGAAUAGUCCCUGCUCGUGAUUUUGGUGGUGACCACCAUCCUGAUGAUUGUUAGUGUGGUGUCUCCCUUUGUCCUGCUGAUGGGAGUCGUAACACUCAUUGUUUGCCUCGUUUAUUUUAGAAUGUUCAAGAGGGCCAUCAAUGUGUUCAAGAGCCUGGAGAACUACAGUUCCCCUUUAUUUUCCCACAUCCUCACCACUCUGCACAGCCUAAUCUCCAUCCAUGUCUAUGGAGAAACUGAAGAUUCCAUCAGCAAGUUUAACACGCUGACGGAUGCACAGAAUAACUACCUGCUGAUGUUUCUGUCUUCCACGCAACGGGUGGCACUGAAGCUGGAGCUAAUGACCAGCAUGGUGACCUUGAUGGUGGCCUUGUUCACGUUUUUUGGAGUUUCCUCUGCCCCCUAUUACAAAGCCAUGGCUAUCAGCCUUGUCCUGCAGCUGGCGUCCAACUUCCAGGCCUGUAUCCGGAUUAGUUCAGAGACAGAAGCGCACUUUAUAGCUGUGGAGAGGAUGCUGCAGUACAUGAAGAUGUGUGUCUCUGAAGCUCCUUUACACAUAGAAGGCACAAACUGUCCCCACGGGUGGCCGCAGCAUGGGGAAAUCACAUUCCAGGAUUAUUAGAUGAAAUACAGAGACAACAUGCCUAUUGUCCUUUACAGACCCAACCUGACGAUUCAUGGCCAGGAAGUGGUGGGCAUCGUGGGAAGGACAGGCUCUGGGAAGUCCUCCCUGGGGGUGGCUCUCUUCUGCCUGGUGGAACCAAGCGCGGGCCGCAUCCUCAUCAAUGGCGUGGACAUCUGCAGCCUCGGCCUGGAACACCUGCUGUCCAAGUUCUCGGUUAUCCCUCAAGAUCCUGUCCUGCUGUCAGGGACCAUCAGAUGAGUGUUCAACCUGGACCCUUUUGACCACUGCACAGAUGAGCAGAUCUGGGAUGCCUUGGAGAGGACAUCCUUGAGCAAGAUGAUCUCAAAGUUGCCGCAAGGCCUACAAGCAGAAGUUGUGGAAAAUGGCUUGAACUUCUCGGUGGGGUAGUGGCAGCUGCUCUGCAUCACCCGGGCCCUCCUCCGCAGCUCCAAGAUCAUCCUUAUUGAUGAGGCCACAGCCUCCACUGACUUGGAGACGGGCACCCUGAUCCAGCGUACAACCCGUGAAGGCAUCCGGGGCUGCACAGUGCUGAUUAUCGCACACCGCGUCACCACCAUCCUCAACUGUGACCGCAUCCUCGUCAUGAGCAACAGGAAGGCGGUGGAGUUUGACAGGCCUGAGGUCCUGCAGAAGCAGCCCGGGUCCAUGUCCGCAGCCCUGCUGGCAACAGCCAGUUCUUCGCUGAGCUCAGGAGAAGGGAGACCGCAGUGA